AUGGCAAAUUCAAAAUACGAAUACGUCAAAGCAUUCGAGCAGCCCGACGUCCUGCUCCCAAAUACCUGGAUCGUGGUCCGCAUCGAUGGCCGCGGAUUCCACAAACUCUCCGAUCGCUAUGAGUUCAUCAAACCCAACGACCGCCGCGCGCUGGACCUGAUGAACGCCGCCGCCGUGGAAGUCAUGAAGGAACUGCCGGACCUGUGCAUCGCAUACGGCGUCAGCGAUGAGUACAGCUUCGUCUUCCAUCCCAGCUGCCAGCUCUUUGAGCGCCGCAGCGCGAAACUCGUCACAACGAUUGUGUCUACGUUCACGGCACAUUAUAUCUAUCAGUGGGGGUCGUAUUUUCCCUCGAUGCCGCUGCAGGCGCCGCAUCUGCCCUCGUUCGAUGGCAGGGCGGUCCUGUACCCGACGACCAGGAUCUUGCGCGAUUAUAUGAGCUGGAGGCAGGUGGACUGUCAUAUCAACAACCUCUACAAUACGACGUUUUGGACAAUGGUUCAGAAGGGAGGGAUGAGUAAUACGGAUGCUGAGAAGGAGUUGCAGGGCACGGUCUCGUCUGAUAAGAAUGAGAUCCUCUUCAAGAGGUUCGGCAUCAACUACAAUAAUGAGGAUGAGAUGUACAAGAAAGGAAGCGUGCUCUAUCGUCAGUACCAACUCGAAGACCCCAAGCCGACAUCCGACUCGAAGUCGGGCACUCUGGGGGAUGACGGUGAGCCUGCGCUCGUGCAAGAGGCAAGCAUGUCUAGGUCACAGCAGGACAAAGUGCGUAAACUCCGACGGAAGGCACAGGUGGUAGUCGACCAUGUGGAUAUCAUCAAGGAUGAGUUCUGGGAGAGACGGCCGUGGAUACUCUCUGGGAAGCCCGGCAAGCUGCCGACAGAGGUUUGA